AUGAAGUUUCUUAAUGUAGAGCAGGAUGCAUCCUGCAAGCGCAAUGCAUUUCUUAUGCUACUCCAUGUUAGCCAAAAUAGCGCCUUGGAAUACCUUUCCACUUGUCUUGACCAGAUUCAUACUUUUGGUGACAUCCUGCAACUUGUUAUCGUUGAACUCAUAUACAAGGUCUGUCUUGCUAAUCACUCCGAACGCGGUCGAUUCAUUCGAUCUAUUUAUGCAUUGUUGCAAUCAAGUAGUCCAGCUGUUCGCUAUGAAGCUGCUGGCACUUUGGCAACUCUUAGCUCGGCUCCUACCGCCAUCCGGGCUGUAGCUUCAUGUUACAUUGAUAUAAUCUUAAAAGAAAGUGACAACAAUGUGAAAUUUAUUGUUUUGGACAGACUAAUUUCACUUAGGCAAACGCAUGAAAAAAUUUUACAGGACCUCGUUAUGGAUAUUGUUCGAAUUCUUGGAACUUCUGAUCUUGAACUGCGUCAGAAAACACUCGAGAUUACAAUUGAUUUGGUAACUGUUCGUACUGCCGAUGAACUGUUCUUUUAA